AUGAGUAGAUUUUUAAGGAAAAGGAUUUAUGAUAAUAAAGACCAAACUUUUGAAGAAUGGAUUGAGUCCUUGAAAGUCAAGAGUAAUCAUGAAAGUCAAGCUGACAGCAAUUAACUGAAUAAUUAAUCAAAAGUGAUUGAUAAAAAAGACAAAUUAGCCCUUGAAAUACAAAAAAUUAGAGAAGAGCACCUCAAGGAGUUUUAGAAUAAAGUUCUUAACGACAACGUAAAUAAAAGUGAAAAUAAAGAUGAAUACAUUCCAGAAUUAAAUUAAGUAAUUGAAAAAAAAUAAAAUUAAUCAAAGCAAUUUUAAUAAUAGCAACCAUAAAAAUUGAUACAUAACCCUUGGAUAGAUGAAAUAAACAGAAUGGAGAAGCAUAGAGUUGAGAUUUUUCAUUAGUAAAGACAGGAGAAGAUACUAGAGAAAAGAUUUUUAAAGUUUCAAAAUUUAAUUGAUAGAAAAUGCGGACCUGAUCACUAGGUCACCAAAUUUCCAAAUUUCACUCCCAAAAAUGAGCUGCCUUGGACUUUCAGUUAUGCAGAAGCCGAGAAAAAGGUAUUUAAAGCUAAGCCCUAAUGGAUUUGGGAUGAGAAAGUGAUAGGCAAAAUAUGUAGCUAAAAGUAAAUAUAAAAAUACUUAGACCAAGUUAGAUAAAUGAAUUUUUAUUGUAUGAGUUCAGAAGACGGAGGUAAACUCUAUAUUAACGAGGAGAUUUACCUUUAGAUUUUGAUGAAUUCAAAAUAUGAUAUUGGUAAAGCUAUUUAAACAUUAAAAAAUGAUUAUCAAUUUGAUAACGAGCAAAAUGAAAUUAUUUAAAUCAUCUCAUAGUGA